UGAGGUCAUUUGAGUCAUUCUCCAAGGAUGGCUUGGUGAGGAAACCCAUGCGUUGUUCUUUGCCUACCCUGGGGGACUGGUCCUUCUCUGUCUCUGGCAGAUAGGAUCGGUGGCCAGGUUUUUUUCAUCAUCCACUGAUCUUGUGUUUUUGUGAUGAGACUAGAAGCCAAAGAAAAAGGCUGCCUGGAGAGGAAGGAAGAUUGCAGCAAGAUUGUCUGAGAACUUGCAGAACUUUGCAGCAUCUAGCAGGCUAGGCUCAAAGAGAGCAGCAAUUUAAGCUUCUCAUUCUUGGAAGAGAUGGCUGGCUACCAGUCGCUUGGUCAUACAUAUCGUAACAAAAUGGAAGGGUUUCAGCAGGGUGGAAGAGAGAGCUGCACCACAGGUGAAGGAGGAGAGAGCUUAAAUCCAGGAUCAUCUUCGUUGAGGAUCAUCCUGGUAGGGAAAACAGGCAGUGGGAGAAGUGCCACCGGGAACAGCAUCCUCUGCCAGCCCGUGUUUGAGUCCAAGCUGGCGUCCCAGUCGGUGACCAGGAAGUGUCAGAGGGCAACAGGCACGUGGAAUGGGAGGAGCAUCCUGGUGGUGGACACGCCCCCCAUCUUUGAGGCCGAGGCCAAGGCCCAGGAUCAAGAGGUGUAUGAGAAUAUCGGAGCCUGUUACCUGCUGUCGGUGCCAGGGCCCCACGUGCUGCUGCUAGUGACCCAGCUGGGGCGCUUCACUGAACAGGAUGUGGUGGCCGUCACCAGGGUGAAGGAGGUCUUUGGGGCGGGAGCCGAGAGAUACAUGGUCGUCCUCUUCACCCACAAGGAGGACUUAGAUGGCGGAUCCUUGGAUGAGUACGUGGCAAACACAGACAACCUCAGGCUAAGGAGCCUGGUCCAGAAGUGUGGGCGGAGGUACUGCGCCUUCAACAACCGGGCCUCCGGGGACGAGCAGAGAGAGCAGCUGGCCCAGCUGAUGGCCGUGAUCGAGGGGCUGCAGCGGGAGCACCAGGGCGCCUUCCUCACCAACGAGCUCUUCUUUGAUGCACAGAGGCUCCAGCGAGGUGGGGGUGGCGCCCAUGGAGAAGGUCAGAGGUGCUACCUGGCCAAGGUGCAGUUGCAGGUUGCAAAGCAAAAGCAAGGCCUGAAAGAGGCCAAGAGAAACUGGGCCUUCAAGACAGUCUUCCGACUCAAAGCCUGGAUCGCUGUGAAUUAUGAGCUUUGUGUUUGUAUUGUUUGGUGCAGUUUACUUUUUCUUCUUAUUCUACUGAUCAUCCUGUACCAGCUUUAAUUCUGAGUGACAUCUGUGUGGCAGAGUCAUUUCUCAAAUAUCACCCCAUGGAUUCAUUGUUUAAUUCAGAAAUAAAGUAUCCUGGUCUGCUGAGGACAUGGUUUGCCA